AUGUCGAAGUCAGGAAAAAAAGCUGUGAAGCUUAUCAAUACAUUUCGCAUAACUAUUCCUGCUAACCAGGCCGCCCCAGCGCCUCCGUUGGGACCUGCACUCGGACAGAAGGGAGUGAACUUAGGAAAGUUUUGCAAAGAAUUCAAUGAGAGAACGAGCCACUUUAUCGAUGGAGCUCCAAUUCCAACUGAUAUAGACGUCUACUCGGAUCGCAGCUUCAAAAUGGUUACACGCCAACCAAUAACGGCGUGGUUUUUGAAGAACGCUGCUGGGAUUGAGAAAGGAGCUGCAAGAGCGUCUCAUGAAAUCGUGGGUCGCGUCAAUAUCAAGCAAAUAUAUGAGAUUGCCAGAAUCAAGCAGAAGAACAAUAUACAGAUGGAAAUGCAGUCGUUGGAAGAGAUUUGUGGCAUGAUUAUCCGUCAAGCGUGGAGAAUGGGACUUGAUGUUGUGGACGAGACCAAGGAGAUGCAAGCAUAA